AUGGAAGAUAAUCUGACAAGAUGCAUCGACGCUCUCUUCAUCGCAGAUCCUGAAGUGGACCUGGAGGAAUUGAUCGAAUCAAAAGGCGGAUUCGUUGAAGGAACGUGUAGAUGGGUCCGAUCUGAGGAAAGUUACAGAUCUUGGUUGGAAUCCAAGCAGUCGGCGAUACUCUGUAUAUCCGGUCUUCCCGGUACAGGAAAGACGAUGCUCUCCUAUUUCAUCACCAAAGAACUCGAAAAGCUCACGCAGAGUAUACCAGGGGACGUACUGUUCUACUUUUACAACCCUCAGUACCCCGAGAAGAACACGACGACAUCAAUUCUUAGGACCUGGCUUCAUGAAAUCUUCACCAACCAUCGAACUGUUGCUAAAUAUGCUGUCAAGCGCAUGACCCCAAGGAGAACCGAGAACACCUUGAAAUCACGCAGCACGCUCUGGGCUAUUUUUACUGCUACAAUAAAGGAUCCCGAACUGGGUCCGGUGUAUUGUGUUCUGGAUGGGCUCAACGACUUUCCUCCAGACGAGCGUAGAUGGCUUGUCAGCAGUUUUCAGGCGCAGUUCGGAAGAUCAUCUGGAGCUCAGGUUCAACCAGAAACUCUCAACACUUUCAAACUCAUCAUAUCCAGCGCUGCCAAUGAAGGUUUCCAUGAAUGCCUUCAUCUGACUUCGACGCUUGACAAGAAAGACCCCAAAAAUGAUCUCAAAUGUGUCAUCAAGGCCAGACUUGCGCGCCAUCGACACUGGGGAAUUCUCGACAAGGAAUCUCAAGAUGCAUUGGCUGGUGAACUCAGUCUUCGUUCCGAAGGACUUUUUUCAUGGGUUGAUUUCAUGCUUGAGGAUCUUUAUCCAGAGAAGACACUUUCGGCAAUGAUGAAGAAGAUGGAUCAAAUACCAUGUGGUCUUCGCCACGUAUUUUUGCGCCUCCUUGUGCAGAUUGACGAUAAGUCCCGCCGCGAGACCGCCAAGAUCCUUCAAUGGGUUGCUUUACUCCGAAGACCUGUCACAGUGGCUGAAUUGACAGACCUUAUCCACCCCGACGCUGAAGAGCCUGAAGAAGAACGCCAAAGAAUACAAGAUCUCGUCAGCGAAUCCUAUCCACUGAUGAGGAUCACGAAAGCGGGCUGGGAUUAUGAGGAACGUGAAGCUGAAGAGGACAUAAUUCUUCCUCUACAUCGGUCAAUUGCUGAUUACAUGACCAAUAUCGACAUGGAUUCAGCCAUCAAAGAUUUCUACUUCAAGCCAGAGAAAACACACUACGAAAUUGCCAAAAUAUGCCUCGAUGAGCUCCAAAUUUGGUUCAAACGUGCCGAAGAGACGGAAUCUAUUAUCGAAGUUGGCUAUUCCUCUAUUUCUUGCCACACUAGAUGGCUUAGAUAUGCGAGAGACUACUGGUCAUGGCAUACGAGAGGAAGUGGCGAGGAGUCCCUCCAUUUCUUGGUAGCCGACAGCAUCUUCUUCCAUGAGGAAUCGCUAUUUCGUACUGUUUGGUGGUACGAGCACAAGAACAAUGCUCGCUAUCGCAGAGUCCGGACGCUGCUAGAAAAGCAUCCAGACGCCGCAUCUUACGUCAACGAAGAGGAGGAGGACGGCGACACACCUCUCUCAUAUGCUACACGUUAUAACCAUAGCGAUGUUGCCGAGCUGCUCGUUCGCUAUGGUGCUCACGUCAUGAGGCAAAUAAACGAGAUAUAUUGGAACAAUCUUGAGUAUGCAUUUCACAUUCCAGUUAUCAAUGCUUUCGCCAACGCCAAUGUACGGCUGGCUAGAUUCCUAAUCAAGCCUACCUGCGCUCAGAUGGACGAUCCAUCUCGGAAAGUUAUGCUGGGCAUCUACCUGAUUUGCGAGAAAGCCUGCGUAUCCAAAGGCACCAAGAGCAGACAGCUCGCUGAGUUAGUAUUGGACCACAUCGAGAUCAACAUCACCGAAAUGAAGGAAAUGUUCAGUUUGGCACCGUGGAGAAGAUCGGUAUGUGGUCAUCCGUGGGAACGAGACAACUUGGACGUUCCGGACUUGAUCAUCUCUCGACUUUUGCGUUCUGAUCGCAGAGUUCUCCGCGAUGUUCACAUCUUUCCCAGUGCUGUUGGAUAUGCUGCUCGACAUCCCAGCAUUGGCGCUGAGCUGUUGCGUGCCUGUCUCAUUCCCGACAUCAAGGACGUAUUUUCUUCUGAGUCUAAGGCUAAGACGACACUACAUCCUAUUGUGGUAGACAGUUUGGAAAGACUUUACGAUUCCUCCUACGAAUUUGGCUACGAGAAUGAGGCCAUUGACACUGCCUUGUUCAGGGGCAGCUUCGAAGUGGUGUCUAUGCUUAUCAAAGCUGGCAGUAAGGUGGCAGACCCUAGAAAGAGUUCGCUGGUCUUGAGGAUAUCAGAGAAGGUUCUCGAACUUUCAGACUCAAACUUCAACCUUGCUGUUGCACAAGGCAUUUGCAAGCGUCCGCUGUUGACGGACGAGGACAUCAAUGCUAGGGUCACGUUUUGGCGGCACGAAGAGUCUGACAAUUUCACGUUGUUGGACCUUUACCUCAGAGGCUUGCUUUUUGCAAAGACAGCCAGAUUUGCUCUAUUCCUCAUGCAACAUGGAGCACGUUGCAGCGACGAGGAGGACUCGCAACGCUUACUGCUGUACCUAGCUCCGUUGGCUCGAGGCGUGGUGACUGACGACGAUUGGGACUGGUUUGUUCGUGCUUUUGAAGGGGAUGAGCACGGCCGAUGCUAUUAUUGA